GUUACAGGGUUUACAGGCCCAUCUAACCGGGAUUUUCAGUUCAUUCUCAAGAAACCAAAUGUGGAAUUAAAUAUGAUCAGUACCAGUGACCCAGACUUUGCCUACGGAAUGUUCUUCGGUAGAAUAAGAAAUAAAGAGAUUUAUAUUCAAAGGCUGUCAGGAUCUUCAGUUCUCUUGACAAUCAAAAAUCUGCUGGAGAACGAUGCAGGUGAUUUGCUCUGUGAGACCCUACACACAG